UUAGAGGAAGUUGCAUUUUAACUGGAGAGCUAAAGCUGAGCCUACACCGAGCUGGCCUUUGAUUUUCCCUGCCAAGUACUAAUGUUUUCACCUCUUACUUUCAACUGUGUCCUGCUGCUGCUGCUACUACUACUUACAAGGUCUUUGGAAGAUAAAUUUGAAGUCGAGGUCGGUAAGAAUGCCUAUCUGCCUUGCAACUACACUCUACCUAGUCCUGGGACACCUGUACCUGUGUGCUGGGGCAAGGAAUCCUGUCCUUGGUCACGGUGUACCAAUGAGGUGCUCAACACUGAUGAAAGAAAGGUGACAUAUCAGAAAUCCAGCAGAUACCAGCUAAAGGGGAAUUUCCUCAAAGGAGAUGUGUCCCUGACCAUAGAGAAUGUGACUCUAGAUGACCAUGGGACCUAUUGCUGCAGGGUACAAUUCCCUGGUCCAUGGAAUGAUAAAAAAUUAGACCUGAAGUUAGUCAUCACAUCAGCCAAGUUCACCCUGCCUGCGACUGCUCAUGGAAACCCUGCUACAACUUCUCCAAGAACCCCAACCACCGAGGGAGAUGGCUCCAGAUGGAGACAUGAGCACAGGGAGACACAGACUCUAGGGACCCUCCAUGAUGAAACUCCAACACAAAUUUCCACAUGGUCUGAUGAAAUGAAGGAUUCUGGAGAAACCAUCAGAACCGCUGUCUACAUCGGAGUAGGAGUCUCUGCGGGGCUGGCCCUGGCACUUAUCUUUGGUGUUUUAAUUCUUAAAUGGUAUUCUUAUAAGAAAAAGAAGUUACAGACUUCAAGCCUCAUCACACUGGCCAACCUCCCUCCCGUGGGGUUAGUGAAUGCAGGAGCAGGCAGAAAUCGAUCAGAGGAAAAUGUCUAUACCAUCGAGGAGAACAUAUAUGAAAUGGAGAAUUCCAAUGAGUACUACUGCUACAUCAGUGGUGGGCAGCCGUCCUGACCAUGUCUGGGCUGUCACUUCUUAAGGCUCUCCUUCAUUUUUGACUUUGGUAUCUUCCUUUUUGAAAACUAUCAGAUAUGUCACCUGAAAAGUUUUGGAGGUUCUGUCCACGGCCACCGAGAAAAGUGUUCCUGUUUUCUAGGGAUAAUUAGCUCACAAGGGGAUUCAACGAUAACCUAUGCUAUGUUGAAAUGUACCAUAACCUCUGAGUUCCAGGGAAAGAAUCUCCCAACCCAGAGACAUGGAUGUUGAAGCUCACAUGUGCCUUGAUACAUUAGGCAUGCUUAGUCUGAGAUCUCUGGAGCACCAUGACAUUCAGGAUUGUGGUGUGUCCACAAAGCUCCUAAAUAGAUAGGGGGAGUAUUAGGCUAAGAUAGAUAGGUGCAGGUCUUUGUUGAUGCAGGAAAUCUAAACUGGCCACUGGUUUUUCUAGAGAUUUCUGACCUUGAAAGAUUAAGAAAGAGUUAGAUGGCACAUGCCUAUAAUUAUAUAACUUGGGAGACUGAUGAAGGAAGAUCGUGAGUUCAAGGCCACCCUGGGCUAUGAUGAUGAGAGUUGGUCUUAAAAACAAAAGAGGAGCCGGGCAGUGGUGGCGCAUGCCUUUAAUCCCAGCACUUG